AUGAACCCGUCUCUUAUUGGUGCCGACGACUGGUACAAUCUCGUCCCCUUGGAUAACUUCCCGACGUGCGGAAAUUACAUGGACGGCAUCUCCUGCGUUGGUGAUCUCGGAUUUCCACCACCUGGCGCAGAUAAAUCGGCAAAGUUCUACGCGCCAGGCGAGUUUCCCAAGAACGGAACCGAGACGACAAUUUCAAACCUUGAUGUGGCUAGUGUCGACGCGAAGCCAACAGGAAGCGCUGGUGGCGAAAAGGCGGAUAGUGAGAAUGAAGACAGCGAUGAGGAUGAUGAGGAAGAUGUCGCUUCUCUACGAUCUCCACAGCUGUGGCUCAUUGCUUUGAUUUGCCUAAUUCUGGUUUAA